UCACCGAGCUUAUUCCCAUCCAGCAUUCCAGCUGCACCAGCACUCUCCUAGCCCUGCUUUGUGCAAGCACUCCCUGCACCGUUGGAGGUUUCAGCCGCCAUGGCAUCCAAGGCUUUCUUCCUCGUGGCCCUCAACCUGAUCCUCUUCACGGUGGCCAACGCCUGCGGCAGCACGUGCCCGACUCCAACGCCGCCAACGCCGACGCCGCCGUCGCCGUCCUACAACAAGUGCCCCAAAAACGCGCUCAAGCUCGCCGCGUGCGCCAGCGUGCUGGGUCUCGUCAGCGCCGAGGUCGGCCAGCCGCCCGCCGAGCCGUGCUGCAGCAUCCUCGGCGGCCUCGCCGACCUUGAAGCCGCCGUCUGCCUCUGCACCGCCAUCAAGGCCAACGUGCUCGGCAUCACCCUCGACAUCCCUGUCAAGCUCAGCCUCAUUGUCAACUACUGUGGCAAGAACCUCCCAAGUGGCUUCAUAUGUGCUUGAUAGCUACGUGUCUACGUGAUUACGUACUUGCAUUGCAUGCAGCACGCACGCACGCAUGAAUACAGCGCUCAUUCGUGAGUGCGUGCUGCGCGCAUUGGUUUUCUCCGACCUUUUUUCUGUCUGCUUGCUUUGUCAGUCUGUUGGUUGUGAACGUAGAGCCACGGACAAUCCAGAUCAAUAAUUGUGAGUCAACUGUUUGUGCUCUAUCUCUCUUUUCUUCUUCCCUCUGAUCACAUGGCUGUCAAUGGAGAUUUUCUCUCCAAGGUCCAAGCUAGGAACUGCAUAUGCAAUGCUCUAGCUUUUAUGUUUUACGUUGUGUUUCUUGCAUUAUUGUUGUACAGUAAUUGCUUGGAGUUGAUUCCAUGGAUUGUAUGUACUGCAAGCAAGAAAUUGUAUGAGCUAGAGUUCAAUUUA